AUGAAAAAUCUUCAAAUUGGGCGUGUCAAAACGUUUGAAAACUUGGAAAUCACGGAUUCCGAUGAUUUUGCAGUCCACCCAAUCCUCGAAACAAUUGCAGUUUCGACGGAAAACGAGCUGAUUUUAUUGGAGAAUGAUUUUCAGAUUUCUAGUCGAAUAAAUUGGGCGGAGCAGCGGCGGGGAGUGAGAUUAGUGGCCUUGACGUUCCGCACCGAUGGCAAUCAACUAGUGGCUGUUCUGGCAGAUGGGCGGUGUCUAGUAAUAGAAGAUGGUGAAAUAAUGGAGCUGGAAGUGGCUGAACCACUAAAUUCGGAAAUUUCCGGCGCGGAAUGGUCUCCGGAUGAGCAGACGCUCGCUCUGGCGGAUAAUAAAUCGAUUUUUCUCGCCGAUUCCUCGUUGAUUCCAUUCGUCGAACGUCCAUUGAUUUUCUCGGAAAACGAGAAAAAAUUGGGGCCGAUGAACGUCGGAUGGGGAUCAGAAACCACACAAUUCAGGGGAUCCGAGGGGAAAUUGAAGCCGGGAGAGCGGAUUGAAAAGGAGAGAAUGGAUAUUAGACAGAAUAGUGAGAAGACGGAAGUUCAUUGGAGAGCUGACGGAGAAAUUGUGGCGGUAUCGUGGUUUAAGGAGGGGUUGAGGAAUUUGACGAUAUUCGAUCGAAACGGCGAAAUUCAGAAUAAUAUGAACAUUCGAAAUCUAUAUCUGUCGAAUUGUUUCGCCCAUCGACCGAAUGCAAAUCUCAUGUGUUCGGCAAUUCUGGAGACAAAUUCAGACGAUCGAAUUGUAUUUUUCGAGAGAAACGGAGAGACACGGAAUAGUUAUUUAGUGAAAUGGGGGACGAAUGGGGAGGGGGAAAAGAAGAAGAGAAUUAUUGAGAGAAUCGAAUGGAAUUCAACUGGAAAUAUUCUGGCGAUGCAGACGGCACAGGAGGCCAAUAGAAGAUUGGAAUUCUGGCACCAAUCAAACUACGAAUUCACCCGAAAAUACUGUUGGAGAUUCUCCGAUUCCGUCGCAUCAAUCAAUUGGAAAUGGAGUACUGUAGAAUCCCAAAAACUAGAAAUUCUCCUCGGAAACGGUCAAUUCUUCUCCAUUCACAUAAGCCCCGCCCCCUCAUUCUGUGACGUCAUCUCACAGAACGUCGUCGUCGCUUCAGAUGAGUUGAGAAUGUAUUCAUUGUGUCGAAGAGUUGUUCCCCCUCCAAUGUCUGAUUAUUCGAUUCAAUGUCUAUCGGAUAUUGUUGCAUUUACGACGUCUUCUAGACAUGUACACGUCAUCACUGCCGAUUGGAAUAUUAUUUCGUUCAUCCAAAACACGGACAACUACAAAUUCAACAACGAUCGUGCCUCUAUCGAUGAAGUUUUGCAUUCAGAAGUGACGGAGGGACUCAUUUGUGGAUUUGUCUAUGAUGAACCAACGGAAUCUUUUGUUAUUUGGGUUGCAAGUCACGGAAAACAUAUCGUUUGUCGAGUUGGAGACAAUUUUGAGAUACUAUUCGAAGGGGAGAACGUUGGAUGGAUUGGAGUGAAUCCGGAGAAUUCUCAUAUCGAAAUUGCGACAAAUGAUGGAAAAUUUAUUGAUUUGAUGACGAGAGAGGAGUUAUUCAGAAUUGAACAAUUCGAUGCGGUACAAGUUCAUUUUUGCAAGAAUCACCACGUCAUUUUGUCGGACACCUCAAAACUGUUCAUCGACUCAUCACGUGUCUCCCAAGACGCCGUCUCCAUUCUAACACGUGGCACUUCUGACAUCCUUCUCAUCGAUUUCGACAAUAAACUUCGAUUCGUCGACGUGGAAACUCAGAAGACACUAGAAGACGUGCGUGACGUGGAAGCUGGUUGUGAACUUGUCGCGUGUGCUCCAGAAUCCUCCAACGUCAUCUUACAAGCGGCCAGAGGGAAUCUGGAGACAAUUCAACCGAGGAGAUAUGUGAUGGCUGAAACUCGCGUGUUUCUCGAUCGAAAAGAAUACAUUUCGGCGUUUAAAUGGAUGAAAAAACAUCGAAUCGAUAUGUCAUUUGCUAUGAGCUACAAAGGGGCGGAGCUUCAAAAGGAUAUGGAAUUUUGGAUUCAAAAAUCGACGAAUGAUUCUCAAUUAUUGGAACAAUUAUUGAUUAGUUGCACACAGAAUUUCGAAGAAGACGGAACGGCUCUGUGCUCUUCGGUGGCUCAAUUUAUUAGUGAAAUGGAGGAUUUGGAGAUGAAAACUCAAAUGUUUCCAUUGCUUUUAACGGCUCUUCUUCGAUCGAAACCCGCGAGAAUUCAGGAGUGUCUCAAGGAGGUUCAACACCAUGUCCAGGCAGUUGUGGACCGGAAGGACGUGUUCACCCGUCACAGUCUCCAUCACAUCUCAUUCUUCGUCCCAGCGAAAGAGCUCUUCAAUUGUGCUCUUUCGACGUACGAUCUGAAAUUGGCUCAACAGGUUGCGGAGGCGUCGAAUUACGAUCCAAAGGAAUAUCUUCCCGUGUUGAAUAAACUCAAUCGGAUUUCAGACGAAUCGGAGAGAGAAUACCGGAUUAAUGUGGUCCGGGAGGCGUGGCUUGACGCGAUUCGAUCGUUGAUCGUUUUGGAUGAGAAAAUUCAAAAGGAUUCAGAAUCUCCCUGGUUUUAUGACAUCAAGGAGAUUAUCCAACGAGAAAAUCUCCAUCAGAAGGCGUUAACCCUUCUGAAUCCAGGCGAUAAGCGAUACGCAGAAUUCUGUGAGCUAUACGCCGCGGAGCUCGAGCGUCGAGUCCAUUGGAAAGAGGCGGCGCUAUUCUACGAGCUCGCCGGAGCCCAGGAGAAAUGCCUCAAGUGUUGGGAGAUGUCACGUGACGUCGAUGGGCUCCAGGCGGCCGCACGUCGAUUCUCGUUGGAUUCUGGAGCACUCAAGAUUCACGCGUUGAAGAUGUCGGCGACGUUACGCGAGGCUCGUCUGCCGAAGGAGCUUGCCAAGGCGCUGAAACUUGCGGGCUCACCGAGCCAACAGAUUGUGCAAGUGCUCUGUGAAGCGAAUGAAUGGGGGGAGGCGAGGAGGGAAGCAGGAGGGGAAGUGGAGAUUCUGAAGGUGUCGGUGUACGGUAGACAGGAGCAGAUUCUGACGGAGAUCUCCAGAAGAGUAGAGGAAUUUGAGAAGUAUAAGAAGCGUCUCGCGGUGGUUAGAGAUCUGAAAUUGAAGAGAGUUGAGCAGUACGCUGCGGGGGAAGUGGAUGAUUUGAGGGAUGAUAUUUCGGUGAUAUCGAGUAUUAGCUCGCUGAGAUCUUCUGGAUCCUCUAAGGUUUCUAUGGCGUCAAGUGUCAGAAGAAGGAAGCAGAUUGAGAAGAAGAAGGCGUCGCUGAAAGAGGGCGGAGAGUAUGAGGACUCGGCACUGUUGAUGGUGUUGGCUGAGAAUUAUAGAUGGACGGAGACCGUGGGAAACGAACUUUGCCAACUGAUUCCCGUCCUGAUGACAGUCGGAUACUUCACAGAAUCACUCAAAUUGAGAAGUGUCUACGAUGAAUUCGUUCAAAAACUUCAGAAGAGUAAACUCGCGAUUUGGCCGGAGAACUUGUCGAUUCAACAGUUGCCAGGACCACUUUACGCAUUGAAUUCUGUUUGCUUAAACGUAGAUCCGGAAAGCAAAUCAGUUUUCGUUGCCUCUAGUUCUCAAAGAAUUGUGUGUUGCUAA